AAAUUUUUACUAGGAAAAUACCAGUCCAGGAGUAGAGUAGAGAACAGAGAUUGAGAGCGUCAGGGUGAGAGAGUGUGAGAGUGAGAGAGGCUUUGACUAAAUCCCAUCCACAAACGACUCUCUCUUCCCCCCUUCCCCACGGACCGUUGAAUUCAAUCUCUCUCUCUCUCUCUCUCUCUCUCUCUCUCUCUCUCUCUCUCUUUCUCUCUUCGGCAUUCUCUCAGAAUUUUCCCGGGAACGUGAAAGAAAAUUUCCUUAACUACCUUCAGCGUCAAAGGCUGCUCCAAACAGUUCCCCUCCGGUGAGCUCCGGCGACGACUUGCCGUUCCGAUUCCCUUUUUCAAUCAACCGACAGGUGCCAAUGUUUGGCUACCAGGGGAUUUAGAUUUCCUUCAACCAAAAAUUUGAUGUUGAGUGUUUUUGAGUUUUUUUUUUUUAAUUACUAGUUCUAAGAGUUGAUGAGGAAUAUAUAGGUUUUUAGCUGAAGCAAUUGUUGUGGCAAUGGAUCGAGCGGUCUCGGCGAUCUCACCCUCGGCUUUUCUUUGUCUAUUUCUUGUUUUUUCUCGGUUAUUUCAGGCCUCUGGUAAUCCGGAAGGCGAUGCCUUGAAUGCGCUGAAGACCAACUUAGCUGAUCCUAAUAAUGUUCUGCAAAGUUGGGACGCUACACUUGUCAAUCCCUGCACUUGGUUUCACGUAACGUGCAACAGUGAGAACAGCGUUACAAGAGUUGGUGUGAUUGAUGAUGAAUUUUGCUUCCAUUCGUGUACACCCAGUGAUCUUGGAAAUGCAAACUUGUCUGGUCAACUGGUUUCACAACUCGGAGUGCUUCUGAAUUUGCAGUACUUGGAACUUUAUAGCAACAACAUAAGUGGAAGAAUUCCUAUUGAGCUUGGCAAUUUGAGAAGUUUGGUGAGCUUGGAUCUUUACUUGAACAAUUUGAAUGGUAUCAUCCCGGACACAUUGGGCAGGCUUCAGAAAUUACGUUUCCUACGGCUUAACAACAACACUUUGUCUGGAACUCUUCCUAUGUCAUUGACUACUAUCAAUUCACUUCAAGUCCUUGAUCUUUCAAACAAUCACUUAACGGGAGUUAUCCCAGUGAAUGGCUCCUUUCAACUUUUUACUUCCCUCAGUUUUCGAAAUAAUAAUUUUAUAAUUUCUCCACCUCCUCCACCGCCUCCAUUUUUGCCGCCACCCCCAUCUACUGCUUCAGGUAGCAGUGCCACUGGAGCCAUUGCUGGAGAAGUUGCUGCUGGUGCUGCCCUGUUGUUUGCUGCCCCUGCAAUCACACUUGCUUGGUGGCGGCGAAGGAAACCAGAGGAUAGCUUCUUUGAUGUACCUGCUGAAGAGGAUCCAGAAGUUCAUCUAGGACAGCUCAAGAGGUUUUCUUUGCGUGAACUACAAGUUGCAACUGAUAGUUUUAGCAACAUAAAUAUUCUAGGAAGAGGUGGGUUUGGUAAGGUAUACAAAGGACGAUUGGCCAAUGGCUCUCUAGUGGCAGUAAAGAGACUAAAAGAGGAACACAUUCAGGGUGGGGAGCUGCAGUUCCAAACAGAAGUGGAAAUCAUCAGCAUGGCCGUCCAUCGAAAUUUACUGCGUUUGCGUGGCUUUUGCAUGACACCGACAGAACGAUUGCUUGUUUAUCCCUUUAUGUUUAAUGGAAGUGUUGCCUCAUGUUUAAGAGAGCGACCUGAUUCACAACCCCCACUUGAUUGGCCCAAAAGGAAGCGAAUUGCAUUGGGCACCGCAAGAGGCCUUGCAUAUUUGCACGAUCAUUGCAACCCGAAGAUAAUUCACCGUGACGUCAAAGCUGCAAAUAUAUUGUUGGAUGAGGAAUUCGAAGCAGUUGUUGGAGACUUUGGGUUAGCGAAACUAAUGGAUUACAAGGAUACACAUGUUACCACUGCUGUACGUGGUACAAUUGGGCAUAUUGCUCCCGAGUACCUCUCCACUGGAAAGUCUUCAGAGAAAACUGAUGUUUUUGGAUAUGGAGUCAUGCUUCUGGAGCUCAUCACUGGACAGAGGGCUUUUGAUCUUGCUCGACUUGCCAAUGACGACGACGAAGUUAUGUUGCUUGAUUGGGUGAAAGGAAUUCUGAAAGACAGGAAGGUUGAAACACUAGUCGAUGCAGAUAUGCAGGGAAACUAUGCCGAAGAUGAGGUGGAGCAACUUAUCCAGGUGGCUCUACUUUGCACACUGAGCUCCCCAAUGGAACGUCCCAAGAUGUCGGAAGUUGUCAAAAUGCUCGAAGGCAAUGGGUUGGCAGAGAGGUGGGAAGAAUGGCAAAAGGAGGAGAUGUUCCAGCAAGAGUUUGUCAAUAUCUACCACCAAAAUAACAAUUUCAACAUCCUUUCUGACUCCACUCCCAACCUCCCUCCAGAAGAAUUGUCUGGUCCCAGAUGAUCUUUUAAAUGGAUUUUGUUUUCGGCAUACAAAGAAGUCUCUUGGAGUCCCACUCUUUAUUCAAAUGUGAUAUAUACGAUCUGUGUAUAUGAUUUCUCCUCUUUAGCCUUUUUUUUUUAGCUCGGUUUAUAUGACGAUGAUUAUGAAUUUUUAGGUAUAAGCAAAAACAUGGUUGGAAAGGUUAUGUAAUGUGUCCAAUGAGUAUAUAUUUUAUACACCAAUAAAUACAUUUUGUUUUUAGUCUGAAAGCAAAUUAUAACA